AUGAUUAAGUACUUCAUCUUGCUAUCUUUGAUCUUCAUUUGUGCACAUGAUAUUUUCCCCAAAGCCGAGGGUUGUAUCAAGUUUUUCAAAGCUAAUGUGACGAUCGUCAAUGAUAUCCCUAGAGGUUAUUCAAAACCGAUUUUUGUGCGUUGCAAGUCCAAAGACGAUGAUCUUGGAACCCACUUGUUGAGGACUGGCCAAAGUUGGGGCUUUAAAUUCUGCGUGAUACCCUUCUCGACUUUGUUCUCUUGUGGCAUUGAGUGGGGCAGUCAGUUUCAUGUGGAUCUUAAGGCUUAUGAUGCUAAGUGGUUGUUUGUACCAUGUGAGAAUAAUAGGCACUGUACAUGGACAGCUGAUGCAAAUGGUGUUUCAUCCAAGCGUGGUGAAUUCCAUCCUUGGAUAAAAUCUUGA